AUGACAGAUAAGCAACCUGCCGCCGAGGGCGAAGACCACCUGGACCGUAGAACACUGUUUGUUCAGUCGAUCCCUGUUGAAGCCACAAAGGAAGAACUGAACGAGUUUUUCUCCCAAUAUGCCCCAGUGCGACACUCCGUGAUUGUCACUGACACAGAGGGCAAGAGCAGAGGGUUCGGGUUUGUUUCGUUUGUGACAGAUGAGGACGCUCUCAGUGCCUUGAAGGAGACCAAGAAGGCCAAGUUUAAGAACAAGCUGCUGAGAGUGUCUAUUGCCAAACGGAGACAGAGAAAGGACAAAAAAGACAACCAGGCCAAGCCUGCGGAGGAUGCAAAAUUCAAGUCACAGGAAAUUGCACUGAAAAAGAGUGCCAAGUUGAUUGUGCGCAAUCUGCCGUGGUCCGUGAAGGACCCGAACGAGCUGGUGAAGGUGUUCUUGAAAUUUGGUAAAGUCAAGGAGGCACAUAUUCCUAAGAAAAAGGAUGGCAAGAUGUCUGGGUUUGGGUUUGUGACGAUGAUGAAGCACGCUGCAGCGGAGAAGGCUGUGAAGGAGACGGUGGGGCUGAAGUUGCAGGGCCGUGAGGUGGCUGUUGAUUUUGCUAUCGAUAAGAGCAAGUGGGAGGAGUUCCGAAAGGAGAAGAGCGAGGAGGGAGAGGAAGAUGAAGAGGAGGAUGACGAGGAGGACGAGGAUGAAGAGAGGGAGGACGAAGAACAGGAAGAAGACGAAGAAGACGAAGAAGGCGAAGAAGACGAAGAAGAUGAAGGAGAAGUAAAGGAAGAAAAGAAGGCAGACGAUUCUGAGGACGACGAAUCGGACUCUGACGGCGAGGACCUCAAUUUCAACAGGCCACGCCCAAACAAACAGGAAAACUUCUCUAUUUUCGUGCGUAAUGUUCCCUACGACGCGACGAGAGAAUCUUUAGAGGAGCAUUUUUCCAAGUUCGGUCCAAUUAAGUAUGCUCUUCCUGUCAUGGACAAGGAUACCCAGCUGGCCAAAGGAUCCGCGUUCGUGGCGUUCCGUCGCGAAGAAGAUUAUGAGGAGUGUCUUUUGAAUGCGCCAGAGGUGAAUCCGAACUCGAUGCUCAUUCCAGACGACGUUUCUCCGUUGUAUGUCUACGAAGGCCGGGUUUUGCAGAUCACUGCCACCGUGGACCGCGAUUCUGCUGCCAGAAUGGCCGAGCGCAACGCACUUGCUCGGAAAGAGCUUCUAGGCCGUGUUCCAACAGAGAAAGACAAGCGUAAUCUUUUCCUGCUGAACGAGGGACGAAUCACGUCUGGCUCGAGAUUGGCCUCGCUGAUCAGCAAGACGGAUCUGGAUGUUCGUGAAAAAUCGUACAAUCUGCGUGUGCAGCAGCUGAACAAAAAUCCAUCGUUGCAUCUGUCGCUGACGAGACUGGCCAUCAGAAACCUGCCUCGUGCCAUGAACGAGAAAGCCUUGAAGGCCUUAGGACGCAAGGCAAUUGUCCAGUUUGCGGCCGAGGUCAAGGAGGGAAAGAGACAGCCGCUCAACAAGGAGGAGCUUGCCAGAUCGCAAAGGCACAAGGAGUUUAUUGAGGAGAAGCUUGGAGUCAAGCCCGAGGACAAGAAGCGCAAAAAACAGACAGGUGUGGUGAAACAGGCCAAAAUCAUCAACGAGGUGAAGGGCUCAGGUGUGCUGGGCAGAUCCAGAGGAUACGGGUUCUUGGAGUUCCGAGACCACAAGCACGCUUUGAUGGCUCUGCGGUGGCUGAACGCUCACGAGGUGAGUCGCGAGGACAUCCUGGUUGGCCUGACAGAGGAGCAAAAGAAGGUGGCUGAGAGCGAGGGCACGAUAGCCAAGCGUCGGUUGAUUGUGGAGUUUGCUAUUGAGAACGCCAAGGUGGUGAAGCGUCGACACGAGCAAAUCGCCUAUAGCAAAGCCAAGAACCACAGGAAAGACGGCGAGGGCCAGGAUAAUGGUCGAGACAGAAAACGGCAGAGAGAAGGCGGUCGUGACGAGAGAGCAGGUGGGGGCAGAAGAGGCGCGAACGGCAGACCAAACGACUCAAAGCGCAGAAAGACAGACACCCAAACUGCGCCCGAAGCCAGCAAGAGUGGUCUUCCAAACGACGUCAAAAGGUUGAUUGGAUUCAAAAGAAAGCGCAGACACGCGAAGAAAUAG